AUGGACGACGAUUGGGUGGAGGUCGCCUCGGGCACCGAGUCGCAGGCACCCGGACCAUCGGUCGAAGCACCAGGCAAUUCGCCAGCUAAAUUCCCCGGACCGCCGGCUGAAGCACCGGGCGAUCCGAAGGAAACCGCGCCACGGCCAUCGAGGCACAUCACGAUUGGCAUCUUUUCGGACGCCACAGCCUCACUGGCCUCGCACGUCAACCGGCUGAAGAGCGUUGCGAAGGCCAUCUUUGCCAUCGUGCAGGGCAUGAAGGCGGCCGGGGAUGACGGCCUCGUCGUCCACAUCGUGAUGGCGGCGAUGCGAGAUUGGUGCGACGCCGCGCACGUCUUCAGGGUGUACACGGAGGAGAAGGCGUCUAUCCGUGCGGGGGCAAUUCUGCCGAUGGCGUACACGGGCGCCGCCGGGCAGGACGAGCACCUCCUCCGCACCCUCGACGCGAUGGCGUCCGACUGCCAGGGUGGUGGUGAGUUGAUAGGCGACCACCCGCAGUUCGCCAUCUUCGUCGCCGACGACGCGCACCACGGCCUCACGGACUCGCCAGACGGCGCCUCGUCCCCUCGGCUGAUCUCGGAUAAUCUCGGGGAGUGGCGAGCUGCUCGACGAGCAGGCCCUCCGCCCUCCGAGCCAGAGAGCCUCUCUAGCUGGCCAGCCUGUCGAAGGGGGGCACUGGUUACCGAGACUCAACGAGAGGACGGGGAGGCGGCUCGCCGUCCGGUCUUUGCCGUCUGGUGCGCCGUCGGCAACGCAGCGGCGUCGGACGUGCCGACGCAGAUCGCGACUCUCAUCUGCCAGCACGUCAAGGGGCGGGAGCUUCCGAGGGUGGACUGCAUCCGGCUGGGCGGAGGCUCGCUCGAGCAGGCGCUCAAGGCGAGGGCGGCAGAGGACCGCCUCCGCGCCGAGCCCCUCUCGCGCGUGCCUUCGGCGGAGAUGCGGCAGCAGCGGAUCGCCGCAACCAUCACACGACAGCGGUCGAUGUGA